AUGGCUGGCAACAAGGAUGUUCUGUCAUUGCUGGUGGUUUAUGCAGAAGAGUCAGAGCCUGAGUCAGACAGUGGGGCUGUAGUGGAAAUGCCUGGGAGCUCCCCUACAGCAGAGGGAAAAGGUGGCUUAGUGUCUGAAGGCUAUGGAGAUGAUUUUUCUCAACUUGAGGGAGAUGAAGAUGGCUAUGAGGAAGAGGAGGAAGAAAACAGCAGACAGUUGGAAGAUGAUGAUUCAGAGACUGAAAAACCUGAGACUGAUGAUCUAAAGGAGUUUUCAGAACUGGAACAUCGAGAUCCUCAGGAGCUGGCUGCCUUUUUCUUUGAGAGAGUCAGGAACAUGUCUCCUGAUGAGAUUAAAAUCCCCCCAGAGCCACCUGGCAGAUGCUCAGAUCACCUCCAGGACAAGAUACAGAAAUUAUAUGACUGGAAGAUAAAGGAAGGGAUGGAUAUGAAUUAUAUUAUCCAGAGUAAGAAGGAAUUUAAGAAUCCCAGAAUCUAUGAGAAGCUUAUCCAGUACUGUUCAAUUGAUGAGAUUGGCAGCAAUCAUCCCAAGGAGUUGUUUGACCCCUAUGGAUGGUCCGAGGAUUCCUACUAUGAGGCUUUAGCCAAAGCACAGAAGAUUGCAAUGGACAAAUUGGAAAAAUCCAAAAAGGAGAGAAGAAAAAUUGAGUUUGUGACAGGCACCAAGAAGGAUACCACAACCAAUGCCACCACCACUAGGACCACCACAGACAGUGCCACAGCUACACAUGCUCAGAAGAGAAAGAGUAGGUGGGAUUCUACUAUGCCAGUGACGAUGAUAGCUCAAUCUACCAUCCUCACAACCACAGCUACUCUGCCAGCCACUGUCACUGUGACAACUAGUAGCAGUGGCUUCAGGACCACAGUCAUCUCAGCCGGGGGCACCAUUGUGAAGAAAGCCAAGCAAUGA